CUCCGGGGGCAGCGUCCCAGGGAGCGCGUAGGAAUCCCGGCGGGCAGCUGGCUCCGCUGCGGCGCUGGUGAGCAUCUCGAGGCGGGCACCUCAUGAGACAAAAGAAAAGAAGUUUCUGACUCACGGAAUUUAUAUGGGCAUGAUCCUGAGAGUUGCUGAGCUCCCAUUGAAAUCAUGUGUCCGAUCCUUCACUCUUUGUAGUUGACAAAAGCAGGAUUGGACCCAUAGAUGUGUAGGAGACUGAUGAUACUAAUUACAGUCAGAGCACAAUCCAGGCAGGUGUUAAACAAGUUCUUCAUCUCCGAAAGCUGUUCAGUCUUGACCUACAGCCAAAAAAAAAGAUGUCACUAAUACUGUGCAGGAUUUUCUCUUUAUUGAAGAAGAAGAAGAGGAUGAAUCAAUAGAAAUCACACUUGAGGGGGAAAAUGUCCCAUACUUGAAUAUUCAGUAAUUCAUCUACUUGCGUUGUCCACUCUACAUAUUUUCAUCUUUAAAUAGGACACAACUGUCUUGGAAGCCUGGGGACCAGAGAAAGGAUAUGAAAGAAAUCAGCCAUGAUGGAAAAGUGUUACAUGCAGGACUGUGUUGAGGACUACUUGAAUUGUUAAUGUCUAGCACAGAAGGCUGCUUGGCUAUUGGUUCAGCGUGGCGUGAGGGAUUUUUAUUGUAAACUUUAAAAAUAACGAUGUCCAAGAAAAGCCGUGCCAAGGGAGAGAGGUCCGACAUGGAGAUAGAAGCAGUUCAGGCUGCUAAUGAGGAACUACGGAUUAAACUGACCAACAUCCAGAUAGAAUUCCAGCAAGAAAAAAGCAAGGUGGGUAAACUGAGAGAGAGAAUCCAGGAAGUCAAGCAAGAAAGAGAGCAGGAGCAGCACAAGCACACUGCCUACAUCUCUGAACUGAAGGCUAAACUCCAUGAGGAGAAAAUGAAGGAACUCCAGGCUGUCAGGGAGCUGCUUAUCCGGCAGCAUGAGCAGGAAGUAGCUCGUAUGGUAAAAAUAAAAGACAGUGAAAUUCAACGCUUGCAGUCUACGGUGAACGUGCUGCGGGAUGGGGCAGCUGACAAAGUGAAAACUGCAUUGCUAAAUGAAGCCAGGGAAGAAGCUCGGAAAGCAUUUGAUUGUGAACGUAUAAAGAUGCAGCAGGAGAUAUUAGAGCUGAAGUCUGGUAAAAAGCAGCUUGAAGAAGCUUUGAACAAUAUUAUGCAGGCAGAUAAAAUGAAGGCUGCUGAUCUGCGCACGGCUUAUCAGUCCCAUCAAGAUGAGGUUAAUAGAAUAAAGCGUGAAUGUGAGAGGGAUAUCCGCAGACUGAUGGAUGAGAUAAAAGGCAAAGACCGAGUGAUUUUGGCUUUGGAAAAAGAUCUUGGUGUCCAGGCAGGCCAUGCACAAAAGCUGCUGCUUCAGAAAGAAGCUUUGGAUGAACAGCUUGUCCAAGUAAAGGAGGCAGAACGGUACCAUGGUAGCCCCAAGAAGGAACUUCCUGCUGGAGUAGGGGAUAUCACUGAAAUGAUGGGAAGCCCGGAACAGCAUAUGGAUGAACGAGACAUACGGAGAUUUCAACUAAAAAUCGCUGAACUGAAUGCUGUAAUACGGAAGCUGGAAGACAGAAAUACCCUUUUAGCAGAUGAAAGAAAUGAACUGCUGAAACGUUCUCGGGAGACCGAAGGUCAGCUGAAGCCCCUUGUAGAGAAAAACAAGAGGAUGACCAAAAAGAAUGAGGACAUGUUGCAGUGUAUCCAGAGGAUGGAAGAAAAAAUUAAAAAUCUCACAAGGGAAAAUGCAGAAAUGAAAGAAAAGUUAUCCACACAGCCGACUUUGAAGAGACACACUUCCUUGAACGAUCUCAGUAGCACACGAGAGGAACAAGAAAUGGAAUUCCUGAGACUGCAAGUCAUAGAGCAGCAGCAUGUUAUUGAUGAUCUCACAGUGGAACGAGAACGGUUGUUACGCCCAAAAAAACUGAAAAGGAAAAGUCUGAAACCUCCAAAGAGGCAUGUUGUGGAGACGUUUUUUGGAUUUGACGAAGAAUCUGUUGACUCUGAAACCUCAUCUGUAACUUCGUAUAACACGGACAAAACAGACAGAACGCCAGCAACCCCAGAAGAAGACUUGGAUGAUAGUACGCCUAAAGAAGAAGCUGAUUUAAGGUUCUGUCAACUAACCAGAGAAUAUCAAGCUUUACAAAGAGCAUAUGCAUUACUUCAAGAGCAAGUUGGUGGGACACUGGAUGCAGAGAGAGAAGCAAGGACUCGUGAACAACUGCAAGCUGAUCUCCUCAGGUACCAGGCGAAAAUUGAAGAUCUGGAGAAAUCUCUGAUUGAAAAAGGACAGGAUUCCAAAUGGAUAGAAGAAAAGCAGCUCCUUAUCAGAACAAACCAGGAGUUGUUAGAAAAGAUUUACAAAAUGGAGCUGGAAGAGAAUCUGCUGAAGAACGAGAUGCAGGAUGCAAAAGACCAGAAUGAGCUGUUAGAAUUCAGAGUGCUCGAACUUGAAGAGAGAGAACGAAGGUCACCGGCAUUUAACCUCCAUAUAACCACCUUCCCUGAAAACAAUGGAAGUGCACUUCAACUGUUCUGUCAACAGGAAGGAAUAAAGGAUGUGAAUAUUUCUGAACUUAUGAAGAAGCUUGAUAUCCUUGGAGAUAAUGGGAAUUUGAGAAAUGAAGAACAGGUUGCAAUAAUCCAAGCUGGGACUGUACUUUCCCUCUGUGAAAAGUGGCUAAAACAAAUAGAGGGAACAGAAGCUGCACUGACACAGAAGAUGAUGGAUCUGGAGAAUGAAAAGGACCUGUUCAGUAAACAGAAGGGUUAUUUAGAGGAAGAACUCGACUACAGGAAACAAGCUCUGGACCAGGCUUACAUGAAAAUCCAGGAGCUGGAAGCCACGCUGUAUAACGCUCUGCAGCAGGACCCUGGAAGGCGGGCGAAUGAGUCAUUGAAUGAAGUGCAGAGGGAGGAUUUGCGAGCUGCAGUGGAGAAGGUGCGGAGGCAGAUCCUGAGGCAGAGCCGCGAGUUUGAUAGCCAGAUCUUGCAUGAGCGCAUGGAGCUGCUGCAGCAGGCACAGCAGCGGAUUCGAGAGCUAGAAGAUAAAAUAGAACUUCAAAAGCGGCAACUCAAAGAAAUAGAGGAAAAGCAUUCAUUGUGUGGCCUUGAUGAUGCUCCUGAGCCAAGAAAUGUGGAUAUUAAAAGAGCCUAUGGAGUGAACAACUGA